AAACCUCAAAUUAUUUUUCAUAUCAAGGCGUGGCCCAGAGAUGUCUGUCUUAUUACUGACAAGAUUGCCUCUGAUCCCAUGCAGAGUUCUUUCACCUUACCCACUGAGCAGCUGCCUUUCCCUCCAGCACAUCUGAAAAUAAGAGGAAGACCACCACCACUCUCUCCACACCUGUUAUAUUUCUGAGUUGGCAACUGAAGGGGGUGGUUGGAUGGGCACAUAUUACUACUUAACAAUCUAUAAAUUUGGCCCACAACCAUGCAGUCCUGACUUUUGGCCUACACAUACUUUCCAGCAGAUCUUCACAACUGUCAGGUCAAGUGAAAGGGCAGGGGAUGCCGGAUGUGGCACUGGAGUGGAAUGAAUUCACUUGCAGCUAUCCAAGGAAAAGACACCACUGCUGCAUGCUGGGAUGAGGUGCUCUGAGUUUGGCUCAGCAUUUUGAGAAGCGGACAUCGGGUGUGACGCUCAGCCAGGAGUGCCUUUUCCCGCUGCCCAUUGUUGGGCUGAGGAGCAGAAGGGACAGUCACAGGAUGGAUCCCGCCAGCGCCCUGUACAGAAGAAGAAGACGGUCUCCUUCAGCACCAUGCCCAGCAACCGCAAGCUCAGCAGCACAGCAGCCUGCAUCUCCUUCAUGCUGGAGGGUUGUGAGAUGAAGAAGGUGCGCUCCAACUCCCGCAUGUACAGCCGGUUUUUUGUCCUGGACCCCGACUUGCGUUUCAUGCAUUGGGAGCCUUCCAAGAAGGACUCUGAAAAAGCCAAGAUUGAGAUCAAGUCGGUCAGAGAGGUGCGGGUUGGGAAGAAGACUCCUGUGCUGCGCUCCAACGGCCUCUCGGACCAGUUCCCUGACGAGUGUGCGUUCUCCAUCAUCUAUGGAGACAACUAUGAGUCCUUGGACCUGGUGGCAAGCUCCGCUGAUGUGGUGAAUGCCUGGGUGAUGGGGCUGCGAUACUUGGCCUCCUAUGGAAAGCACACGCUAGAGGAAACUCCUGAGACUGGCCAUCCCAACCCGCGCACCUCAUGGAUUUCCUCUGUCUUUGAGAUUGCAGACCUGGAGAAGGAAGGCCGAAUCCCAGUCUCCCGGGCUGUGCAGCUCAUCCGGGCACUCAACCCUGGGAUGAAAGCCUCGACUAUUGAACUGAAAUUCAAAGAGCUCCAGAAAGCAGCUAGUGAGCGGCUGGGGGAAGAGGUGAGCUGCGAGGUCUUUGUGGAGGCCUACUGUGAGCUGUGCACCAGGCCUGAGGUUUUCUUCCUUCUGGUCCAGUUUUCCAGCAAUAAAGAGUACAUGGGCCUGAAAGAUCUGAUGAGCUUCCUGGAGGCCGAGCAGGGCAUGGAAGGGGUGACGGAGGAAAUGUGCAUGGAGAUUGUGAGCAAAUACGAGCCAUCCAAGGAAGGCCGGGAAAAGGGCUACUUAGCCAUUGAUGGCUUCACUCGCUACCUCCUCUCCGCUGACUGCGCCAUAUUUGACCCCCAACACCGCAAGGUGUGCCAGGACAUGAGCCAGCCGCUGUCCCAUUACUUUAUUAGCUCUGCACAUGGCGCAUGUCUGGCUGAGGACAGCUGCUUCUGGGGCGGCUCCACCUCGGACAUUGGGGGUUAUGUGGCGGCCCUCAAGUCUGGCUGCCGCAGCUUGGAACUUGUGGUGUGCGAUGGCCCUUCUGGAGAACCGGUGGUCAGUGCCGGGACCCGCUUGGCCUUCUCCAGGGUGGUGGGUGCUAUUGCAGAGUAUGCCUUCGAGGCCUCUGAGUUUCCUCUCAUCCUGUGCCUCUCUGUGCGCUGCUGUGUUGCCCAGCAGAGGCUCGUGGCUGAAUAUCUGAGGAAGACCUUUGGGGACAAGCUGUACCUGAUACCACCAAACCCCAACAAGGUCUACCUCCCUUCUCCGGAAAGACUCAAAAGAUGCAUCCUCAUCAAAGGCCGCAAGCUGCCCCCUAGUUGCCAGGCCAGUGAGGGGGAUGUAUCCGAUGACGAGGAGACCGCAGAGCUGGGCCUGCCGCUUGGUGAGGAGGACCAUGAGCCGCCCCGCUGCCGGCGGGUCUUGUGCCAGGAGCUCUCUGACCUGGUGAGCCUGUGCCAGGCAGUGUCUUUCCAGGGCUUUGAGGCCUCUCGGCGGGGCCAGUGCUACUGGGAGGUUUGCUCCUUCAGUGAGGUGGAGGCUGGGCGCUACACCAACGAGGAGCCAGAAGAUUUUGUGGCCUAUAACAAGCGCUUCCUGUCACGGGUUUACCCCAGCCCCAUGCGCAUUGACGCCAGCAACAUGAACCCCCAGGACUUUUGGAAGUGCGGCUGCCAGAUGGUGGCUAUGAACUACCAGACACCAGGCCUCAUGAUGGACCUGAACGCCGGCUGGUUCCGUCAGAAUGGGAGCUGUGGCUACGUGCUCCGGCCAGCCAUUAUGCGCGAGGAGGUGUCCUACUUCAGCGCCAACACCAGGGACACCUUGCCUGGCAUCUCAGCCCAACUUCUGCAUCUCAAGAUCAUCAGUGGCCAGAACCUGCCCAAGCCCAAGGGCUCCGGGGCCAAGGGGGACGUGGUGGAACCAUACGUCUGCGCCGAGAUGCACGGCAUCCCUGCCGACUGUGCUGAGAAGCGCACCAAGACGGUGCUGCAGAGCGGGGACAACCCUGUCUUCGAGGAGACCCUGGAGUUCCAGGUGAACCUCCCUGAACUGGCCAUCCUCCGGUUUGUGGUUCUCGACGACGAUUACAUUGGAGAUGAGUUCAUUGCGCAAUACACCAUUCCUUUUGAGUGCCUCCAGGUGGGCUACCGCCACGUUCCGCUCCAGUCCCUGGCGGGCGAGCCCCUCCCCAACACGACCUUGUUUGUGCACGUAGCCAUCACCAACCGGCGGGGCGGAGGCAAAGCGCACCGGCGGGGCCUCUCGGGGAGGAAGGGGCGGCGCAUGCGGGAGUACACGUCUACCAAGGCCACCGGAAUCAAGGCCAUCGACGAGGUGUUCCGCACUGCCACUCAGCCGCUGCGGGAGGCCACAGACCUGCGGGAGAACAUGCAGAACGCACUGGUCUCCUUCAAAGAAUUGUGUGGCCUCACACCAGCAGCCAACAUCAAGCAGUGCAUCUUAAAGCUGGCCACAUGGUUGCAGCCCAGCGAGAAGGAGAGCUCCCCAGCCGUCACCCUCAAUCUAGGCGAGGAGUACCCCUCCAUGGAGGUCCAGGGGCCAGUCCCAGAGCUGCUGAGGAAAGUGCUUGCUGCCUACGACACUAUGAUCCAGACAAGCCGGACACUCAUUGAGUCAGCUGAUGCUGUUCACAGCAAGAUUAUUCAGGUUCAGCAAUCAGGGAUGGGCUUUCACAAGGAGCUGCACCUGCUGGAGGUGAAGGAAGGUCUGAAAGGCCGGAAAUUGCAGAAGGCUCUAGAGAGUUUUGCCUGGAACAUCACCGUCCUCAAGGGCCAGGCUGACCUGCUCAAGCACUCAAAGGCAGAGGCACUAGACACUCUGUGGCAGAUCCACAACGCAGCACAGUCAUGUGGCAUCGGGCGGAAUGGAGCCGCCUCCCCUGACCUCUUCCGCAGCCGAGCUGUUCUUGAUCCCAUCCCUGAAACGGAAGGAGGCAGCGACACGGGGUCUUGCUGACUCUUAACACAUUGGAACGAGGAAAGGGACACAUGGACACAGUGGGUGCCGUGCAGAGACUUUGAAAUGUGGUGGAUUUUUUUUUUUUUAAAUUGCAAAAAAGAGAGAUGUGAAGCACAAUGUUGUCUCCAGCAUGCAAGGUAAAUGAAGGAGAACCAAUCAAGUGCCAAGUAUUUGUGUGCGUGUGACACAGCCAGGAGCAUCCCUAGAGCCAGGCAAGGUGCCUUGAGAUGGCACCUUGAGAUCUGAGGCAAGGUGGCCACUUUGAAUGGCAGAUCAUUUAAGAAUGGCAGAGUGAGAAACAGACUGAUCUGAUGCCUGGGGUCAACCAUGAGAGAAAAUUUCCUAAACCUCCCCCACAAAAGUAAACAGAAGCUGCUGUGUGAUUGCACAACUCCCGUUCAUGUCAAUAAAACAGGAACCCACCCUCUGCAAAUGGGGGUGGGGGGAGGCAAAGGCAGUCUGCGGUCAACAAGAGCUUUCCCAGUUGGUUGGCCAGCAAGUAAGCCUGCUUUUAUAAGGGUGUGAGAAUAUUAGCUGAUCUGCUCUGCCUGUUCAUGAAAGGAAGUGUCCUUGAUGAUCUCUCUGCAGUUCCAUUUUGGCAAGAGCAAGAUGGUGCCUCAGAGACUGAAUUCCUACCUGGCAUCUCUCGGGUUCCAGAUUCAACAGCUGUUGUAAGACUGAAUCCUGAGAGGCUUAUACAGGUGAACCUCCUGAUGAGUUGUGCCUGUGUGAAUUAGUAAUAGACGUGUGCCAUUGAAUUGUUCUUGACCAGCCCUGAUAACAGCCCCUCAAACUUAAUUCACCAGCAGAGGGAAGACCAAUACUAGAAACUGGAUGUGCUGGAUGCAGCUUCUCCAGAAAAGGAGCGCAUCAUCACACCAGCAAAGCAAGGCUGAGCAAUGUUGCAAAGCAAGGCCAGGCAAUCCAUCAUCUGCCCUGAAGAAGGUCCACAAUUUGCAGUUGCAGAUGAAGGAGAGACUGAAGGAAGGGGACCCAGUGUUUCCUGUUCUCCCCCAGCCCCAUAUGCUAUCAGAUGCCUAGUCAAAGCUGAUAUGUAUUCAGAGGGAGGAGAGAAUCUCAAGUUUUCCUCACUAGAGGUAGUUUGUAAAUGUGUAUUGGAAUUGCUCACAGUGGCUGACAUGAGGAACAUUGCUUAAAGUAGUCCUAUUGAACUUAAAAGGACUACUGAGUAGUUUUCUUCAUCAUGUCAGCCUGUGUUCCCAGUUAUGGAAUGCUACUGGAUUUAAAGAUUGUUUGGUUUGGUUUUAAAUGUGUUGUACAGCUUUGAAUCUGGCAAGUUAAUAUUAUAUUAGUACUAAAUACUAAGCUAAUACUAACUAUUAGCUUGAAAAAUUAUCCACUUACCUAUUUAAAGUGUGGACUUUCAAAAUUGUCCCUCAUUAUCAAAUUUGAAAAUGUCGGCAUUUGACACUUCCGAUUCUGAUUUUGCUGAGAUUUGGAUCUGUGCAACAUUUCAAUCCUGCACUACUCUUCAUUUUAUUUUCUCAUUUUUGAGGUGGGGUUGGUUGGAAGGCAAGGUUAUGAUAUAUUGACUGGUCCCUGCUCCCCUCCUGCCUGAUCCAGGAGGCUUGCUCUUGAAUUGAGUGGGCUGGACUCUGUUGACAAUAAAGCCUGAGCUUCUUCUCUUUC